AUGACCGCUGUCGCUCGUCUGGCUGGCAUCUCUGCUGGCUUGUCUGCGCCAAUUCCCCCUAGUGCUGAUUUCGGUCUCAUCGGUCUGGCCGUUAUGGGCCAGAACCUGAUCCUCAACGCUGCUGAUCACGGUUUCACUGUCUGUGCUUUCAACCGCACUACCUCCAAGGUUGACCGUUUCCUUGCCAAUGAGGCUAAGGGCAAGUCCAUUGUCGGUGCUCACUCCAUCGAGGAGUUCUGCUCCAAGCUCAAGCGCCCCCGUCGUGUCAUGCUCCUCGUCAUGGCUGGAAAGCCCGUCGAUGACUUCAUUGAGGCUCUCCUGCCUUACCUUGAGGAGGGUGAUAUCAUCAUUGAUGGUGGUAACUCCCACUUCCCCGACAGCAACCGCCGUACCAAGUAUCUGAAGGAGAAGGGUAUCGCCUUCGUUGGCAGCGGUGUCUCUGGUGGUGAGGAGGGUGCUCGUUACGGCCCCUCGCUGAUGCCUGGUGGUAACGAGGCCGCCUGGCCCCACAUCAAGGAUAUCUUCCAGAGCAUUGCUGCCAAGAGCGAUGGUGAGGCCUGCUGCGACUGGGUCGGUGAUGAGGGUGCUGGCCACUACGUCAAGAUGGUUCACAACGGUAUUGAGUACGGUGACAUGCAACUGAUUUGCGAGGCUUAUGACAUCCUCAAGCGUGGUCUUGGCCUGUCUGUCAAGGAAAUCGCCGAUGUUUUCGCCAAGUGGAACACCGGUGUUCUGGACUCCUUCCUCAUUGAAAUUACCCGUGACAUCCUUUACUACAACGACGAGGAUGGCGUCCCCAUGGUCGAGAAGAUCCUCGACAAGGCCGGUCAGAAGGGAACUGGAAAGUGGACCGCGAUCAACGCUCUUGACCUGGGCAUGCCCGUCACCCUGAUCGGCGAGGCUGUCUUCUCUCGCUGCCUUUCUGCCAUCAAGGAUGAGCGCACCCGCGCCAGCAGCCUUCUCCAGGGCCCCACUCCCGAAUACACCGGCAACAAGCAGGAGUUCAUUGAUGACCUCGAGCAGGCCCUGUAUGCCUCCAAGAUCAUCUCCUACGCUCAGGGCUUCAUGCUCAUGCAGAACGCUGCCAAGGAGUAUGGCUGGAAGCUGAACAAGCCCUCCAUUGCCCUCAUGUGGCGUGGUGGCUGCAUCAUCCGUUCCGUUUUCCUGAAGGACAUCACCAACGCCUACCGUGCGAACCCCGACCUCGAGAACCUUCUCUUCAGCGACUUCUUCAACAAGGCCAUCCACGACGCUCAGAAGGGCUGGAGAAACGUUGUCAGCAAGGGUGCUCUCUGGGGUAUCCCCACCCCUGCCUUCAGCACGGCUCUCAGUUUCUACGAUGGCUACCGCACCCAGAACCUCCCCGCCAACUUGCUGCAGGCUCAGCGUGACUACUUCGGUGCCCACACCUUCCGCGUUAAGCCCGAGUACGCCAGCGCGAAGCACCCCGAGGGCCAGGACAUCCACGUUAACUGGACUGGCCGCGGAGGUGACGUGUCUGCCUCGACCUACGUUGUUUAA